CAUGGGGGAGACGGUGGUGCAGUCUCCCAUGUGUAGAGCUGCUCGGAUCCGAAGUCGUAUGGUUUCAAAUAUCAAUAAUCUUCUCCCGUUCUCCGGUUAGUGAUCGGCCGCCGGCGCCGCGCCGCCUCCUUGCGGUUUCUUUAGCUGCUGAAGUCCUACCGGUUGGAAUCGAUUUGAGUGCCAGCGGAAAGAAGGAAUCGAAGGAUGAUCCAAUUAUUGUUCAUCGUUGUGUUCGUGGAGAUGGCUCUGAUCGUGGUGUUCGUUUUCAAAACUCCGUUGAGAAAACUGGUGAUUAUGGGUCUAGACCGAGUCAAGCGUGGCCGCGGCACAAUUGUGGCGAAGACGGUGGCGGCGAUAGUGUUUGUCGUCAUGGCGGCCACCGUGUACAAUGCGGUGUCGAUCCAGAGGCGUUGGAUCCAGGAAGGCGAAGUCAACCCGACGGAUCAGAUUCUGUUUGCUAGGCAUCUUCUCGAAGCUUCUCUCAUGGGAUUCUCUCUAUUCCUUGCACUGAUGGUAGACAGGCUGCAUCAUUAUAUCCGCGAACUCCGUAUAAGGAGGAAGAGCAUGGAAGCAGUGAAGAAACAAAACCGGGUUUUUGACGACAGUAAGGCUCCAGAAGAAAUGAAAUCGGUGGAAGAGAAGAAUGCAUUGCGUGGGAAAGUGAAACAGCUGGAAGAGGAGAAGAAUGAGUUAUGGGAGAGAGUGAAACAUCUGGAGGCACAGCUCGAAGAAAAGAGUAAAGAGGCAGGCAGCGCCGAAGCGAAUGCAGUGGCAUUGAAGAAACAAUCGGAAGGGUUCCUUCUCGAGUACGACCGAUUGCUUGAAGAAAACCAGAAUCUUAGAAGCCAAUUGCAAUCUCUUGAUAGGAAAUUAUCACUAUCAGAUAGCAAGAAAAGAUCGUAAGGUAACAUAGACAUUGAUUUUGAUUUUUGGUUUUUUUUUUGGGUUUUAGGGGAUGAUACUGAUAAAUAGAUUGGUUUGCUGGUGUGGUGACUGCUUGCUAGAUCAAAUAUAAGCCUGUGUUGUUA